UGGACUCAUCAAGCUGGACUGAGAAUGCAUCAGGUUUAAGUUUGUCUACAUGAAAUUAUCUUAAAUCAAGGAUUCACUAGGGAAAAAAAUUGUCUGCCCUAUUCCACUCCCUCCCCUCUCCUUGCCACAAAACUGAAGGAAUAGAAAAAACUAGAAGUAAACUUUUACUUACCCGUGGUAAUUUGGAGUAUACUUAUACUAGAUGAUUAUUUUAAGCUUGCAUUCAGAUACUUAAUUCUUCACAGCUAAACAGCACGUUGCUUAUAGUUACUUCUGUCUUGUGGCUGUGUCCAACACAUAGUGCCUUAAGUCUGGAUUACAGCAAACUACUGAAUAGGAAUGCCCUUCUAGAGAGCUAGCUUGUGGUUUGGGUUUUGGUGACAGAGUGAAAGCUAGAAGAGCUUUAGCCUCCUUCAAAACCACAAAAAUUGUGUGUUGUUUUUUAUAUUGGCUAGGGGAGGAAGAAAAAGGAAUCUUGGGACUUUAUUCCUCCAAUACUCCAAACGAGGAUUCCAAAGAUGUUAGAUGCUGAACUUGCUCUUGUAAAUAGCUCUGCUUUAGAAACUAUUUGUUCCCUACAUGAGUAACUGCUGUGACAGCUUUUUACUAGGCAGCUAACAGUUCUCUAAUGAAAUAGAAAAUGUUAUUCCCAUCUUUAAAAGGUACUAGUAAACAAAAAUACUUUUUUUUUUUAAUCUUGAAACUACUUUACACUAUUUCCCAGUCUCCAUGCAGGAAAAAGUGGAAUUUUCUGAAAAGUGGACUUUAGAGUGCUUACCGUAAGUCAGUUUUGGCCAGUAACUGGCAUUCUUCAGUAAGCACUGCUUUUUGUUUGUUCUCUUGGUAAUAAAUAACAAAAGGGACAAAUUAAGAAAGUACAAAUUCAGUCAUGACAACUGUUGUCUAUUCAGCUACAAAAUGAGAAGCAUGCAUGUUAUGCUGCAGCUUAUAUCCAUCCUAUGCAUUUUAGAGGUGGCUGCCUCACUUUUGGGGGAAAGCAAAAGCUCUUCAGAAAAAUCAUUCCACAGGGGAACAAGAGAACUGAAUGCUCCAUCUCCAAUAGAUUGUAAGCUGAGCAGCUGGAGCACGUGGGGGCCCUGUGACCCAUGCACCUAUCAAAAGUUUCGCUCUAGACGUAUUGAAAGAUUUGGGCAGUUUGGUGGAACACCAUGCCUGGAGAACUUAGGAGAUGCACAAAGCUGUAAAACCAGCCAAGUUUGUCCUGAAGAACCAGAACCAGACUGUGGCACUGACUUUCAAUGCAGUUCUGGUCGAUGUAUAAAGCAACAACUUGUGUGCAAUGCAGAUAAUGACUGUGGAGACUUUUCUGAUGAAGAUAACUGUGAAUCUGACCCACGAUCACCAUGCCGUAACCAUGAUAUUGAUGUAUCUGAAGUUGGCAGGACCGCAGGGCAAGGAAUCAAUGUUUUAGGGAUGCAGCCAAUGGCUAGCCCAUUUGACAAUGACUUUUUCAAUGGUCUCUGUGAAAGGGUGCGUGAUGGAAACACAGGGACAUACUACCGCAAGCCAUGGAAUGUGGGUGUUCUCAUUUAUGAUACAAAAGCAGACAAAACCUUCACAUCUAUAUUCUACCAUGAUCGUGUAAGACUGUUGCGAGAAGUUUACAUAGAAAACCAAAACCACUUCAGUAUUGGCUUGUCUCUGAAAUACACACCUACUGAAGGAAGUAAGAAAUUUAGUUUAGGAGGAAAUUUCAAUUUUCACUAUAGCAAGAAUUCAAGUUUACAUUCUUUCCUGGAAAGCUCCACAGAACGGAACCAAACCUUUCUGCAUGUAAAAGGAAAGAUUCAGCUGGGAAGAUUCCAAAUGCGGAGUCGUGAUGUCCGUCUCACAGAUAGUUUCCUUGAUGAUCUAAACUUUCUGCCUACUGAAUAUGAUAAGGGAGAAUAUUUUAAAUUCCUAGAAGAUUAUGGAACUCACUAUGCGGUCUCUGGAAACGUUGGAGGAAAAUAUGAACUUGUGUACGUGCUGGAUAGCUACGCUAUGUCUCAAAUAGGUCUCACUAUAGAAGACGUGAAAAAAUGCCUCGGCUAUCACUUAGAUGCCAAUAUUGCAUAUAAAGGUUUAGGAGCCAGUGUUGAUUUUGAUGGUGGUAAAUGUAAAAAGGUUAAAGUAAAGGACGGCUCAAGACUUCAGGAUGAUGCUGUCAUUGAUGAUGUCAUUUCCUUAGUUGAUGGAGGGAAGAUUGACUUUUCUGUUAAAAUAAAAGAAAUUUUACUGAGUGGAUCCAAAAUGGUUGAUGUAGAGGAUUACGUACAGUGGGCUAAGUCUUUGGUUGAUGCUCCAGUAGUGAUACAGCAACGGCCUUCUCCAAUACAUACACUUGUUCCAGUUAAGAUGAGAAAUGCAUAUUUAAAGAAACAAAAUUUGGAAAGAGCAAUUGAAGACUACAUUGACGAAUACAGUGUGUGCAAAUGUGAACCCUGCAAAAAUGGAGGCACACUUGUGCUGGUAGAUGGAGCAUGUACAUGCAUGUGCUCAAGCUACUUUAAGGGAAUUGCUUGUCAGAUUCCCAAAUCUGCAUUAAUUAAAGUUGUCACUGAUGGAGGCUGGAGCUGUUGGAGUGCCUGGUCCACCUGCAUCAAUGGAGAAAGCACUCGAACUCGCCAAUGUAAUAAUCCUACGCCAGAACCUGGUGGCAGACCAUGCCAGGGAGAAAGCAUUGAAAAACGGCCCUGUGAAGAAGCAAAAUAG